AUGUCGACCAAGCUUAGGGAGAUUUGGCGCGACGACACUGUAUAUUCAGAGUCGUUCUGCAGACCAGAGGAUGUGUUGUAUGAAGGGUCGGAAGAUGAGGACUACGAGAAUUCGGACGCAAGGCGACGUCGUUACACAGAAGCUGGGCAGCGAUUUUUAGACGGCGCUGCUCCUGUGCUGAUCUCCGCCGCUUUAAAGGGGCCAUUGGACAGGCUUUCGGGAUUUAUCAACCCAUGGAUAUCUAAUCGUCACAAGGUGAUAGCUCGCGGUUUUGUGCAGCCUUCUCAACCCGUCGAAAAGCUCAUGUCUCAAAGCAAGAACUCCAUCACCAAACCAAGGCCAGAUCCUACGCUACAGGCUCGUGACGCCGAUUGCCAUCUACCCAGUCCCGAGAGCCUUAAGCAGUCUCCAUAUACCCAACAGCAUCCAUAUCUGGAAGCAGAUGGUCUUGAUAAAGUCAACAAGUGGAGGGCGCAGGUUGAUCCUUUUUCCAGCAAUCGAAAUGGUUCCCUUAUCCCUGACGAUGCCGGGGUUUCCACGUUUAUUAGAAAGAGACGUGCGCCUGGGUCCGCAUGGUUAAGGAAGGUUUCUACAAAGAGGCAACGCCGUGCUACCGUACGAGAAGGAUCCCAUGGCCCUGAACAACAAGAUGACGAGCUUGACGAGCUCGUGGCAGAUAUGCCGUCGUCUAGCUUUGAGAGUGCAGCACCAGCGUCGCCAUCCAAGCGGAGAUCACCGAGAAACGCCACGAGAAGACCUAUUGGUAAAAAUUUGGUAGAGUCUGAUGAUGAACUCAGCCCCAACAAGGCAGCGGCUGCUACUCUCUCAUCUCCUGUGUCAAUGCGAAAUGGACCAAUUAUGUCCUCUCCUUCGAAAAAAAGUCAGCCACCUGACUACAUUACGUCGUCCGUCGGCACUCAAACCACACCAUCUCGUUUACGACAUGUAAACGUACUGGAUGACUUGGUACAAGAUAUGCUCUCUUCGCCGGGAGAGGAGCCUGACAAAGACGGCCAAGUCAAUCUGCAGGCCUCAAACGAACAAGGUAUUGAGGCAAUGAUUGACUACGUAUCCGAAACUAGCUCCACGGCCGAAUACACAACUCAUGAAGCCGCGGCUUUGGAAGAUACGAGUGAUCAACCUGAACAACAACGUUAUUUAUCCGAGCCGCCUUCAAGCAGCUCUGAUGCUAAAAUGGAUGGAAACUUGCAAUGCCCCUCUCAGAAAGCCGAACCAGAUGUCAAAACGCAUCAUCUAUCUAGCAUAAAAUCAGAGCCGCCAGACGUAGCACAAUACGCUAUCCAAGGCCCAGUUGAAGCUCAUACACCCCCUGAUGAUGACAGUAAAGCAGGUGACUCGCGUGUCGAGGAGCUCAACACUCCCGGAGCACAAUCACUUGGCGACAGGAUCAUGAAAAGGAAAUGGGUGGAUGAAGGUGUAGCCCACGAAGGUGGUGCUGGCUUAAAUCUCGAUGGCAACCUCUCAGAAACAGAUUCAGAGGGUGAUUCGGGAAGCUCCAUCGCUGCAGCCCAACCAUUUUCGCCAGGCGGUAAUGAACCAAAACAUGCACAAGAUACAAACCAUCCUUCUGCAUCUGACAAAGUUGCAGCGGAUGAUGGAAAGAUUGCUUCGGGGGUUGAGCAACCGCCCACCAUGUGCACGAUGAACGACCGCGUCCAAAACGGAUCGGAAUCUAGCAGAGUCGAGGCCCCGGCAACGCCUCGCCAAGCUGAACGUCCCAAAGACAGAUCCGAAUUCAGCUUCAGUACUGUUCUCAAUCGUUUUGUUCCUUCAACCCGAUGGACCACGCUGGCACGAUUAGCUCUUCCACCUUUGUCAUCUCCAGCAACUCCGAGCAAGAAGGUUGUGGUGACGAAUGAAUCUGCAGAUGAAACCGAAAACACAGAUGCCCAGCCUAGCAAGACACACAAAGAAGUGUUGAGCCCGCGUCGUCAUGAGCUCAUGAGUGACCCUGAUCAAUUGCACGAGCCUGUUCAAAUCCCACAGGAGGCCUCAAAUGGCCAAGAUGACAGCCAGUCGAAUGGUUUGGGCGCAGAAGAUGACCGCGUUUCCGAGUCCCAGCAAAGCCCUUGGGUCAAUACGGAGCAUGCCGCAGUGUUUAGGUCGCCGUUGGGCAUUCUAUCAGCAAACCUCUGUGGGGCAACGCCAUUCGGUAAUGAGGACGACGACACUGCGACGACUGCGACGGUUUCCAACCGCACUCAAAGUCCAUGGGGACACGAAAGCCCAGCGGAUGCUGCAUCAUUAAAUUUGAUAUUGCGCUCCACUGAUGGGAAGGUCGACCAAACACCUUUCGCCAAACCAAGGGUGCGCCGACCAAGGACACCCGAACCCCAAUUCUGCGUCAAGUCUUUUUCGUCGUUCAUGUCUCCGUCGCCAGAUCGGAACCAAUAUGUGUCGCUCUCGGCGUCUCGACCGGUUUGCAGGGGCAGCCAAGGAUGCCUCCCGUCAUCUCUGAAGAGACGCCGGAACCAGAAAGGGCCAGGCCUGCGAGUUUCAUGGGCGGCAUCGCUCGAAGAGUUUGAAGGGGCGCCAUGGAAACAAAAUGGUUGUGCAGCCCGUCGCACACCAAAGAGACAGAGCUCGCCGCCGCCAGGCACGCCCAUUGACCAUCUUCAGAGAUGCCACGACACGAGGUUCGCAAAGCACUUUGAAGCGGUGGCAAACCGUAAAGACGGACAGCCGCAGAAUCUCCUGCCAACAGAGUCACAGCAAUUCAAGAGUCCUGGGCCCUUUGCCAUGGCCGAGACGUUUAUGGCAGCAGACGCGGAUAAGCAGGGACUCAUGCCCCAGGAGACGGAAGUUGCGAAGCAUGGUGAAGCUCUGGCAUGCAGUCGGGCUUCGGAAGAGCCGAUGGAUGUUGUUGAAGACAUGGUUCGGGAAAUGGGAGAUUUCUGGGAUCCCUGGAACAUUGACGCGGAGCUGGAACAAGCACGGAAGGGAGCCACCAGCGAGAAGACAUGA